GUUAAUUCAGUUUAGUUGUGCUGUAUUGCACUCACACUGCGCUGCGCUCGCUCACUACUUACUACUGCUCUAAACUCUAUAAUACACGCAACAAUACCGCGCGGAGCUUUUUAUAAAAAAAAAUAUAUAAUAAUAAAUUAAAGAAAAAAUUGAAUUUAAUUUCAAUAAUAAGAAACGGAUUUUGAUUUUUUGUUAUUCAAACACGCUCUUUAUUGUUUUUUUGUCUUAAUAUGAAUUAAAAUAAACAAAAUAAUUUCCAUAUUAACUAAAAACGAGCUCAAAGCAAAAAAUCCAUAAAUCUAAUUAAAAAUCAACAAGAAAAAAAGAAAAACUUUUCUUUUUUCCUUAAAGUGAACAUAAAAAAAAAUUAAACGAAUAUAUUUUUUAAACGAACUACGAAAAUUAUUUAUAAAAAAUAUAUAAAAAACGACUUUUAAAAACGAAAAUUUCCAUGAAAUCAUAACUCAAGCCCGAUAAUUUGUUGUAGGCCUAUUUUUGAAAAGAAAACCAAAAUAAAACCUAAAUAAGAUUUAUUUGGUUGGGAAUAAAUCUAAAAGAAUUAUAACUCUAACUAAGAGUAGAAUUAUACCUUGGAAACAGCAGUUUUCUAAAGCUGAUUAGUAAGCAACAACAACAACUACAAGAGAAGCAAGGCAACAACUAACGAAAUAAAAAGAAGAAAAACUCCUAACAACAAAACCAAAAAAAACAAAGAAACGGGCAAAUAUGAAGAUAUUUUAAAGAACUAAAAAAAAAGGAGCAGUAAAACAACAACUAAAACGAAUUAAUAAACAUUUGCUACUACUCACAUAUACAACAACAACAACAACAAUUGAAGAGAAAUUUGUUGCAACAAACACUUUGUUAUUUUGUUUUGUUUAUUUUUUGAUAAAUUUGAAAAAAAAAACUUAACGUUAAAAGGAAAUUUAUUAACUAAAAUCUUAGGCAAACAAUUGCUGACAAAAUACUUUUUUUAAAGGAUUAAAAAACACGUCAAGCAAUGCUUAAUAUAACAAAUAUUAAAUCAACAAAAACAUAACGUUAAAUGUUUUCUUAAAUUUUCUUUUCGUAUUUUAUUUUUCUUUUGUACAACUUGUUUCUUUUUACCAUUUGUUUUUUUUGUUAACAACAAUUUUUUAAUUUGCUUAACCAAAAAACAACAACAAGAACACAAGAAUAACAACAACAACAGCAGCAGCAACAACAAUUGAAAUAAUGAAAUCAUAUUAUUAAAAGAAAAGGAUUGCAACAACAACAACAAACUCACAACACAUUUACUGUUUACAACUAUUAUUUGUUUUGAAAACGUUGGUUUUGACGCUUAAACCACUAGAGAAGACAAAAAAAAGUAUUGUUUUGGAAUUUAACCAAAGAAGAUUUUGUGAAAAACUUUGUUGUAUGUUUUGAUAUAAAACAAUGUUGACUUUACAUCUAAGAGUAUUUAAGGAAAAUGAUUUGCUAAACAUGCAAUCUUAUAACAUAAACUCAGGAGCUACCAGCAACAACGGCGCUUGUUUUCCAGCUGCCCCAAAAACUGCUGCACCAGGAGUUCAGUUGUACCGCAACGUAACAAGUGUUGCCUUAGCAGCUUUGGAUACAGUUGUAGCUCUUCAUUUGGCUGAAACAGUUCAAUACGAGGAAUAAAUCUUAAACACACAACAACAACAACAACUCUAAAACAAAUAACAACAACAAGAACAACAUUAUAACAUUAUAAGCAAAAACAUAUAAAACGUUAAGAAAAACAACAACAACAACAUACUUUGUACAAAAAGAAGAAGAAGAAAAUCCCACGUUCUAGCAAAAUUUAGCGUUACAUUUUUACACAAAAAACAACAACAACAACUCGAAAAUCCCAGAGAAAUAUAAAAGUAGAACUAUUAAGCAGACCACGUUUAAAAAUAUCCUUUUACAACAACAAAAGGACAUCAAAAGUAGGAGUGUUUAUACAACAAUUUUCUAGCAACUUUAAAAUUUAUUUUAAUUACAAAACCAACAACAUUUUUCGAAAGUUUCUCUCUCGCUAUCAAAACAAAAACAAAAGGAAAUAAUAGUAACUAACUCAUUAAAACCACAAUUUCUUGUAGUUAAAGGGAAGGAAGACAAAGUUAAGCUUUUAAUUUUUUUUUGGCAAAGUAACGGUAUGAAGUAUCCUCAACUAGUAUCGCCUCGAGCCGUGAACGCCAUCUCUGAUUGGUUAGUAUCACGUUUGGAGCAAUUAGGCGUUGAAUCACCACAGAUCUAUACAAGACUUCUACUAUCUCUCUUACAAUCGUCAGUUCAAGUAAACGAUCCAAUUGAAUUCAGCAACUUGGAAGCAUUUUUCGCCCAACGCAAGGGAGGUCACAAACGUUUUCAUUUACCUUCGGAUACUGAGACCUUAAAAAAACUAAAUGCUGUACAGUGUUUAAGAGAAAUUGUAUCUAAUGAACAGGAGACUGCUACCAUUGAACAACUAGUUGAUGAAUUGUGUGAAAAAUUAAAGGAUAUUGAAAAACAAACACAAAAUCUAAGUGAUGAAGAACGUUUUCUAAUUGAGACUCAUCUCAAUACCGAUUCUCUAAUACAACAACAACAAACUCAAACAUCAACAACACAAGUGCAACAACAAGCCAGCAGUAGCAGCAGCAGCAAUAAUCAUCAUACACGUCAUCAGCAACAAGCUCAUACUCAACAACAUUUAACACAAAUUUAUAAUAAUUCUCACAAUUCAACUGUAAACUCAGAUAGUAAACGUCAUCAUCAACAUGUGGUUGCUACAACAACAGCGGAUUCAUUAAAUGAUUUAGAUAACGAUCCGAAAAAACGUUAUUUUCGAGCCUUUCCGGCCCUGUCCAAGGAAAUGGAAGAUUCUUUUCGCAUCUGGCGUCGUAAUGCAAAAUCUUUAACUUGGCCCGUUGUAGGACGUUCUAUAGUAGUUGAUAGCAAUUCUAAUAAUAUAAAUAACAAUAAUAAUAAUAAUACUUCAGCAUCUUUAACUUCAAGUAGUGCUAGUUCUAUAAUAUCGUCUUCAAAUUUUGGUGCAAACAAUAAUAAUAAUAAUCGUAGUGUAUCAGCGGAUAAAAGUGUGGAAAAGAAAUUAAAAGCAGAACAAAAAGUGAGUGCAACUGUUGGAACAGCCGUAGAUAGUAGCGACGUACAACAACAACAACAUCAAGGAGCAGUAGCAGCAGCAGCAAGUGUUAAAAAGAAAUCUAAACGUCGUCGUAAUCAAGCUCUGUGCAAAGGUAAAACUAUACAAAACAUACGCAAAUUAUCCGUUGGUACCAAUCCCAAUUCUAUUGGUGGUAAUAAAUAUCAUCACUACACACAUCAUCGUAAUUCUUCACCGGCUUGGGAUACCGAUUUUAAAGGUUGCUGGGAAAUGGGUCCCGAUUUGAUAAAAGAGUUUUUGAGUCGUCAAAACGCUGGUGUUGGUGGUGGCGCUAACAAACGUAAUCGCAGUAAUUCCGAUAGCAUGGAUCAUGAAGAGCAUAAUGUGCGUAAAAUUCUAAAUGAAAUACCCGCCAAGGAGGAGAAACCUCUAAUGAUGAAACCCUACAUUGAUUUAUCCUUCUGUUGUGAUGAUGAUGAGUAUGAUCAAGAUGAUGAGUGCCAACAACAAUACACCGAAGAAGGUGUAGAUUAUGUUGAUGAGGACUAUGAUGAUAAUACCUUGGCUUCUGUUUCUGAACUAGCCAUGGAUAGUUUGAAUCCCAAUCCCAAACGUUUGUAUCAACGUGAAGGCCAGGGGCAAAAAUCUAAUCUAGAUAUAGAAACUUGUUUGGAGGAGUCCAACGAUUCGGUGGAUCCUUUAGAUUUUCAACAAUUUAAGGCUAAAUUCAAUAGCAGUGUAGAGGCCUUAUGGAAAAAUGCUGAACCUACUCCCAACCUCAGCAGCCAGCCAACUGUAGACAAUUCCCUUAAAGCUAACAAUCCCUUAGGAGGCGGCAUAUCUUCUGCUUUCUAUGCCACUACAUCACUCAAUGCUUUGGUGGCUCCCUUCAAGAAGGAUUUAUGGAAUUUCUGGUCCAAUUACCAGCAACAAAACUAUGAUCAUCAAUUGAAUAAUAAAUUAUCUUCGACGGCUUCAACAUCAUCCAUGAUUACGAACAAUACACGUUUAGAUGAUAGUAGCGCUAGUUCUGGCGCUGGCGCCGAUAUUGCUAAUUCAAGCGAUUAUUUCUCCAUGCCCAGUAAUCUGGAUGAUUUUGAUAAGUCUGUGGGUGGUGUUCGCGGCGGUGUUCUACGUACAACUGAAGCUGGUGCUUCUUUGGGUGCUCACACGCCAUCGAUUAAUGUUUUCUUGCAAAAUUCCAUCUGGUCUACAUCUGGUGAUUGUGUAGAUGCUAUUGGUACUAAUUCAGCGGCCGGCGAUACCGAUGAAAGUUUUCUUUAUAAGGUGUGGCAUUCGAAUAAGAAAUUGAGUCAGCUGGAUGUGGGUAAUGCUGCAAAUGGUGAAAAGAUGUCCUCUUUACAGACCGAUACUGAUGGUGGUAUUAGUGAUUUUAACAAAUCUAAAGACUCCUCUUCUGUUUCUUUAACAUUGAAUAAUCAAAAUUUAGGUGCUAAUCUACAAUUUCCUCCUUACCAAAGUCUAAAAUGGUCGGAGGGCAUCAAUGCUGGUCCUCCCUACAAUUGUCUACUCACACAAGCCCAAGAAAUGGACUCUCUAAGGUCGGAUAAUAAUAAUUUAGCCAGCUACAGCUCGGCUGCCAACAUUACUGGUGCUACGUGGGAAGCUCCCGCUUAUGGACAUAAUGCACAACCAGAUUUAAAGUCCUGGUGUGCCUCCAAUCCCAUGUCGCUCACUGAAAUGUAUGGCAAUGAUGUAUGCGAUAGCAUUGUCAAUCAAGAGCAUGGCGAGGAAGCCGCCGAUAUGGUUAUGGGACCAGCGGUUACACUACCCAAUCAUUGUGCUAACACUAGUGGUUUUGUGGCCUAUAGUCGCAUUAAACAAUGCGGCCUAGUACAGCCGCAAACGAAACCUUUGCAAAGUUCGAAUGCUACACGUUUGCCCAAGGAUUUCUUUAGAAGUGGUGAGGAAGAGAAUCUUUUGAAUUCUGAGCGUACACAUUUCCAUCCUAUAGAGAAUUUUGUUGAUGGUCAUACUUUCGAUAUAAGCAAUGCUCUGGACACGGUAGAAUUUGAACGCACCAGCAGUGGUUUAUUGCGUUAUGAUUCCGAAGAAUAUUUAGAAUACACACGUAAUGAUAUCUAUAUGGCAGAUGAAGAAGUGGCUACUUCCAAUACUAAUCUAUUGAAAUAUGGCAGAAAAUCUAAUGAGGAGAAUAAAAAUGAUAACUUUGUUAUUAAAUUUCGGGUAAAACGUUCUGGGGAAAUAGCCUGCCAGACGGAGGAACAAGAUUUUCAAUUGGCGGCCGCCAAAAUGGUGGAAUUGCCCACAGCUUUCCCUACACCCCAGGUGGAGGUUACUAAUAUGUUUAAUAAUACAUUUUCUUUGAGUCGCCAGGCUAACAAUGAAGCCAUUAUGGCCGCUGUUACUAAAGCUGUGGCAGCUGCCGCCAAAGCAGCCGCCGAAAAUCAUUUAAAUGCCGGCCAUUUCAAUUGGACCCCGGGUCAUAAUAUGCAUAAUAUAGCAACUGUUAGUAGCGGUAAUAGUAUGGAAAACAAUACCAUAUGGAUGUCAGACAAUGCCAUUUGUGAUGAAGUAGAUUUUUGUGCUGCCAGAGUGCAACAGCAACAGCCACAAUUGGCUCAAAAUUGGUCUAUGAAUGAGGUAGAAAAACAAUGCCACCAAAGACGUUGUUUGCCCCAAGAGCAACAACAACUACUAGUGCAACAACAGCAGCAGCUAGAUAUUAAAAGGAAAUUUCCCUCUAAUGUGGAAAUGGAAAGAAGUGAAGAAAACUCUUUGGACAGCAAUUCCCUGCAUACUUUGUGGGGCAUGUGUGCUGUUUGCAAUAGCUGUGAAUAUGGCAAAUCUUUGCCUGCUAAUCGCUUACUAAGAGAUGAACUACAAUUAGAAGCUGAUGAAAUAAUGAGUGAUUUACGUUAUAUGCAAGAUUUAUAUAUAGGCGAAACUACAGAUAUUUUAACUGACACUGUAGCUGGAGAAAUGGAAGAUAAAAUGUUUAAUAAUACCAAUAACAAAGAAAUGUCUAUGGAUGCUAUGAAAAAUCCCUGGAAUUGUGAUAUAAAAGAAAAUGUGGUAACAGAUCCAAUGCAAGUUUCCAUGUUGCAAAAAGUUAAUCAAUUAAUAGAGGAUUUAUUAAAGCCAGAUAAUAAUGGAAAAUUAACACAAGAAACUGAUGAAUAUAAAGACAUGCUUAAGCAAACGGAAAUGGUUAAUAAUUGGAACUUAACAGCCGCAGUAGAGGAAACAAACACAAAAAAUCUUUGGCAAUUUAAUGACAAAGAGGAAGAUAAUAAUAUAUGGCAACAUAAACCAUUAAAGAACAACUUUGAGGGCACUAGGGAAAAGGAGGGUAAUGAAAUAGCAACAACAACAACAACAAACUUUAUGAAACCCAUGAAAUUGUUAAAACAAGUGGGUGGCUCUUUAAGUGAGGAUACACAAUAUAUGGAAACUUUAAAUUGGGAACAUGAUAAUUUGGCUAAAAUAUGGCAACAAACUACUACUAAUAUACCCUCUAAUAUACAACUAGAGGAGGAAAUGUUUAAUAAAAAUAAACAAAAUGAAAUGGCAAAUAAUAUUAUUAAGGAAAAUUUGCCACAAAAUGAAGACGAUAACGAUGAAGACGAGGAAGCAGCAGCAGUAGCUGAAGAAGAUGAAGAUAGAGAAACCUUAAAGGGUACACAAAAGUUGGUAGAAGAGAAAAAUCUAAAAAACUUACAGAAUAUAAACGCACUAACGCCACCCUCUACUUUGCCGGGUAAUAGUUACAAAAGAAUGCAAAAUUUUUUAAAUAAUUCAGCGGCCAAAUUGAAAUUAGCCGCCAAUCGCAAAAGAAGACAUUCAGCUUCACAAAAUUUCUAUCAGCAGCAACAACAACAACAGCAAUUGCACUAUAGCAGCCAUAAUAAUAAUAACAAUAAUAUACAUAAUAACAACAACAAUAAUGAUAACAUAACCGAUUUGAAUGCUUAUAAACAAAAACUAAACGAAACACUCAAAGCCGCUAAGGAACAGCAGCAGCAACAGCUGCAAGAAGUUACUCCCUAUAACAGCAUUACGAAUUUGGAAGAACAGCCUACCAAACAAACCAUAAUCACCUGUAAAUAUUGGACCACAGCCACUAAUGGCACACAAUCCUCUUUGGAUUCUGCAGCAGCAGCUAUGAUGCUUUUGGCCGCCGCCACCAAUGCCAAUGAUAUAAUACCGGCCCAUAACUACGACCAACAACACGAAGAAGAUGUUAUGCUAGAAGAGAAUAUAUUUGGUAAUACUUUUUCUUGUCUUAUCGAUAAAAAUGCCUCCAUUUUGAAACAUGUGACCAUGAUGACACGACCUCUAACACGUUGAAACCAUAAUACAAUACAAACACUUUACACUCAUGAUUAACAACACAAAUGAAAAAUGAAAAAUUUAAAAAAAAUACAAAAAAAAAAAAAAAAUAUUAAAAAUUUAAAAAGGUUCGUUCCCCUUAAGAAAACAAACCUUUUUAUAACAAAUGAUGAAAAUAAUAUGGUGAGAAUAUUUCAAAAACAAACAAUUUCUAUUCAAAACUUAUAAAAACUCCCAAAAAAAAUGGAAAUAAUUCUUAAUAAUAUUUUCCCUUAAACUUAAAAUUUGAAGAGUUAAAAUUAAAAACUGAAACUAAUAUUGUUUACAAAUAGUUUGAAAACCUCUCCCUUGAAAACUUUACCCCUCAAAAAAGCCUUGUUAUUUAUGUACACAACUCCUCAAUUUACACAAAAAAAAAAAGUUUUAGCAAACAAAUUUAACUUAAUUUAAAAACUAGUUUCUUUUAACUUUUAGUGCUUUUGUUUUUGUUUCUAUUAUUUCCUUUUUUUACCCUUAAAUAUUGUUAUAAAAUAAUUUAUCUAUAUAACUUAAAACUACAAUUUCUUUAACUUUAAAAUUUAAACUUUAAUUUGUUUUUUCUUAUUAUUAUUAUUAUUUUUCCGUUCUUCUUUUUUUUGCUAUUUCUUUGUUAAAUUUAAACUUAAAACAAAUCAAAUUUUCAAAAUUUGUUUACAUUUUUUUUGUAUAAUUUUUUUAUAUUUUGAAAAUCUACACCUUUAGCAAAACCUUUAAAAAAAAAGAAUAACAUUUAAAAUUUAUUUCAACAAAAAUGUUAAAAAAAUACAAAAAAAAUUAUAUAUAUUAUAAAACAAAACAAAAAAAUAUAUAUUUGUUUAAACGAGUUAAAAUAAAAAAAACUUCAAAAAAAUUUACAAAAAAAACAAACAAACCUGUUCAUAUAUAUAUUUUCAUUCAAUAGUAAAGAAAACUAAAUCACCAGCAAUUUAAACUUUGUAAAAAAAAGAAGUGUAAAGUAAAGAUUAUUACUUAAAAAUAUUAAACACAUAAAAAAAACACAAAAUGCUACAAAAAAAAAUAUAUAUAUAAAUUAAUAAAUUAUCCUUCUAUAAAAACAGCAUAAUAAAGGAUUAAAUUAGAACAACAAAACCAACAAAAAAAAA